AUUGGUCCGUUUUGAAUUCCGUCACCGCGGCCAGUUUGAACUUGGGAAAUUCUCUCUGGUCAAUGCGCACUUUUCGGACGUCUUCGUGUCAAAAAAUAGACCAACCCUUGAACAUUUGAUAAUGGAAGACUAUCUGAAGAUAGAGAAAAUUGGAGAAGGUACAUAUGGUGUGGUAUAUAAGGGCCGGCACAAGUCCACAGGUCAGGUGGUGGCUCUUAAGAAGAUUCGCCUGGAGAGUGAGGAGGAGGGCGUGCCUAGCACUGCUGUACGAGAGAUCUCACUGCUCAAAGAGUUACAGCACCCCAAUGUCGUACGACUGCUGGAUGUGUUGAUGCAGGAGUCCAAGCUGUAUUUGGUGUUUGAGUUUCUGUCAAUGGAUCUGAAGAAAUACCUGGACUCCAUUCCUUCAGGCCAGUACAUGGACCCUAUGCUUGUCAAGAGCUACCUGUAUCAGAUCCUGGAGGGGAUUCUGUUCUGUCAUUGUCGUCGAGUUUUGCAUCGCGAUCUGAAGCCACAGAACCUGCUAAUUGAUAACAAAGGGGUGAUAAAACUGGCUGAUUUUGGCUUGGCCCGUGCUUUUGGGGUGCCCGUUCGAGUCUACACACAUGAGGUUGUGACUCUGUGGUACAGAGCCCCAGAGGUGUUACUGGGAGCUUCUCGUUAUUCCACUCCAGUAGAUGUGUGGAGUAUUGGCACUAUCUUCGCUGAGCUUGCCACCAAGAAGCCACUGUUCCACGGAGACUCUGAGAUUGACCAGCUCUUCCGCAUCUUCAGGAUUCUUGGUACCCCAAACAAUGAGGUGUGGCCAGACGUAGAGUCGCUACCUGACUAUAAGAAUACUUUCCCCAAGUGGAAGUCUGGCAAUUUGGGAAGCAUGGUUAAGAAUCUUGACAAGAAUGGCAUUGACCUGCUUGGGAAAAUGCUCACCUAUGACCCUCUGAAGAGGAUUUCUGCACGCCAGGCUAUGACUCAUCCCUAUUUUGAUGAUUUGGAUAAGACCACUCUACCUGCCAGCAACCUCAAGAGCUAAACAGUAACCAACACUAACACAGGACUUAACCUCAAACCAGUGGCAUCAGACCCAAAAUGGGCUGUAUGCUGUGGUGUCUAAAAUCAAAACAGACUGUAAUUCAGUCUCGCUCGUUUGGAGGAAUUCACAAUUCCAAACAUGGUUCCCAAUGCAAAAAAAAAAAAAAAAAAAAAAUCUACAUUUGACCCAAAAGCUCUUUACUGCACCGAUGCAGACUUUACAAUCUGACGAUAAUGCAAUACUCCUUUUCCUAAUGUAUGUUUGCGUUUGUUUGUGUUUUUGUACAUGUAUUUUUCCUAUACUUAGUCUCUGAUUAAAUGUUCUAUAUGUUGGACUUAAAACAGA